GGUACAGGCUCAGUCAGCUGGCCGGAAGAGGAGGGGCCAGCUUUUGCUGCCAUUACCCUUGUGGCUGGCAGCCGGCGACGCACUUAUGGGGUCGUCUGCGUCCAAGGCUGCCCUCGCCGCAACCACCAACGAGCCCACCGAACCUGAGCCGAAACACUUGGCAGAUCUGAUUCAGUACAUAAAUGGAACAAAUAUGAGUGUUGUCCAUCUGGCUGAUAUUCUUUCUGAGAAAACUGGUAGCAGCAGCUGGGUGGUGGUGUUCAAAGCCCUGGUUACUGUCCAUCAUCUCAUGGUGUAUGGAAAUGAGCGUUUUAUCCAACAUCUUGCAUCGAGAAGUUCUUUGUUCACUUUACACAACUUUCUGGAUAAAAGUGUCAUAGAAGGCUAUACUAUGUCACCUUUCAUCAGACGAUAUAGCAAGUACUUGACUGAAAAGUCACUCGCAUAUAGACUGAUGGAGUCAGACAUCACCAAAACCAAGAGAGGGACAGAUGGUGUGAUGAGAACUAUGAACACUAAGGAGCUGCUGAACACUCUUCCAGUUAUUCAAGUUCAGUUUGACGCUCUUCUGAAUUUUAAUGCAAAUGCUGAUGAUCUAACUAAUGGUAUAAUACAUGCUGCUUUCAUGCUCCUCUUUAAGGAUUCUCUUCGCCUCUUUGCAGUCUAUAAUGAGGGGAUCCUUAAUCUGCUAGAGAAAUAUUUUGACAUGGGGAAGAGGCAAUGCAGGGAAAGUUUGGAUAUUUACAUCAAGUUCCUGGAAAGAAUGACCAAACUGGGACGGUUCCUUAAAGUUGCAGAGCAAGCUGGAAUUGACCAGAAUAACAUUCCAUAUCUUCCUCAGGCACCCUACAGUUUACUUGAAGCACUAAAACAGCAUUUGGCUUCUCUGAAGAACAAACAUGAUAUUCUACCUUCUUAUGGCAUGCAGCGUGCAUUGAUUCCCUCCAUACCAAACAAUCCAUUUGUGACAAACUCAGCAAGCAAAGUCUGGUUUUCAGCCCGCAAACGUUUUGAAGCCAGAGGGCAAAAUGAAAAAGUCAUAGCAAAUGACCUGGAUGGUUCAGUUGUUGGCCUUGUAGAAAAUCUUAACUUUGGAGAAAGUGCAGCUAACAGAUCUGACGUGAAUUGGUGUCAACCCUCAGAGAUGGAAAUGACCAGUGAAAUGAACUGGCAGUUGAGUAACUGCACCUGCAUAUCAACCAUCUGGGACCCAGUUUCUAUUCCUUCCAUCUCCUACAUGGUUCCAAUUCCAAUGAGACUCCCUUCCAUGAUGGCACCUCAAUACAUGAGUUACACUCAACCAAGCUUAAGGACCAGCAAGGCUUGUGCUGCAUCCAUAAGAAAUAACGAAGAUGUAGAUUCCUUCAUGAAACAGCCUGGGAAUGAGACUGCAGAUAUUGUACUGAAGAAGCUGGAUGAACAGUACCAGAAGUAUAAGUUUAUGGAACUCAAUCUUGUGCAAAAGAAAAGGAGGCUAAAAGGCCAGAUUCCUGAAAUUAAGCAGACUUUAGAAAUUCUAAAAUAUAUGCAGAAGAAAAAAGAAUCCACCAGUUCACUGGAGACCAGGUUCUUAUUGGCAGAUAACCUGUAUUGCAAAGCUUCAGUUCCUCCUACCGAUAAAGUGUGUCUGUGGUUGGGGGCGAACGUAAUGCUUGAAUAUGAUAUUGAUGAAGCUCAGGCGUUGUUGGAAAAGAAUUUAUUGACGGCCACAAAGAAUCUUGAUUCUCUUGAGGAAGACCUCGACUUCCUUCGAGAUCAGUUUACUACCACGGAAGUCAAUAUGGCCAGAGUUUAUAAUUGGGAUGUUAAGAGAAGAAACAAAGAUGAUUCUACCAAGAACAAAGCAUAAAGAUGGCAGUUAAAAAUGUGGUUCAGUUUUCCAAACAUGUUUAUGCUUAAAAGUUGGCAUAACUUUAAGUGAUUUUUAACAGCAAGAAUAAUUAAAACUUUAAAAACAGAUAAGCACCACUUUAUUUAUUUAUAAAAACAAAAUUAGUUGCAAAUAUUUUAUGAAACUUACAGUGUUGUUAUUUUAUUUUUUGCAUUUCCAACAAAGUAAAUGCUGCUUUCAUCAUUUUUGUUUGUUUGUUUGUUUGUUUUUCAUAAGGAAAGUCUUGGCCAAAAUGGCUAGAAACUGUGAGAUAUAUUAUAGAAGCUGAUUUCUGGACAGUUCAGCACAGUUUACUUUUUCUGUAUUGGCUGGUGUUAACUCUCACUUGUGAUAUGGUUAAACCAGUUUAGAGGUAGAAAAAACAGUUGAAAUAUUUGAAAAUUUGUUUUUCUUUAGUACACGUAGGGCUUUAUGGUCCUCUGUUGUUGUUGUUUGUCCUUUGUAAAUGGAGUUUCAUGAAUUACUGCUUAGUUAAUAAGUAUGUAAUAUUCUGUACUUUUAAGGAAAUGGCAAUUUGCAUUCCUAAAUAGUAAGAGGGCUAUUGAGAGGAUACGUUUUCUAACCCAAUAAAAGUACACAGAGCCUUUGCAAUGCCAACAUAAAGGAGAUCUUGGCCAACAUGAAAUAACAAAAUUACAUACUGAAAACUCUUGCCUGAGGUGAUUUUGUACUUUUUGACAGUUCUCCAAAGCAGCAAGACAGGAAUAUUAAGAUAAAUAUAAAUCUGCAGUGGUUUAAAAGAGUUGGGAGAUUUUUUAUUCAUGGUAAAACUUCGUAAGAGUGGUAGAAAAUCCCUGUGGAAAGCCAUUGGUACAGUGGCUAGUGCUGGGUGAUACAGAGUUCUGGUAAAAACACAAAUGUAUCAUUCCAUAUCCCUGUAGCAAAGAGUAUACUUGUACAGUGUUUUGUACUUGUAUUUCAUGAUAUUAAAGUAGUGAAGUUAACAAUUGUAGCCCAGCACCUUUAUCAUGUUAUUCUUUCUAAUUAACAUGGGUCUUUUGUAAAGUUUAUUUACUUGCAUGUAUAACUGGCCAUGUCCAGAACUUUUUAUGUUUGUAGAAAUAACAUAAAAUCCCUUUGGAAGGAAUAUAGAUAAGCAAGCAAUUCAGAAGUUAAAUCUGAGGGAUACCAAAGUUUCCUCUCAGGGUUUCUUUCAUAAGUUUAAAUUCCCGUAUUUUAGAAUUUGAGCUUUGUAAACAUCUUAAUAUAUUUUUAAGUGUUACUUUUUCCCCAGACCUUAUUAUGGUAAGUAUAUUGGUAUGAAGUGUUCCUGUUAACAGGAAUGACUUGGUCAGAAGAUCUUCCUUUUGUCUUCCUUUAAGUCCCUGAAAAGCUAAAUAGGAAUUUUAGGUUUUCUAAGCACAACAAAUAUUACCUAAGUAUGCAGUAUGUGUCAGAAAGAGUAUUAGGCUCUGAUAAUUAAAUAAAAGAUAUUUAAAUCUUG